AUGACAUCAAUACAAGAUCACAAUAUCAAGCCAGAUCAAGCUAUUAAUAAAAAUAUAGCACAAGAAGAGAUUAAAAAAGCAAUCAAAGCUUAUAUAGAAAAGUUUAACCAAGUAUUCGAAUCCGAACUUGAAAAUGAAUUUAAAGAUUUUAUAUCUAGUCGUAAACUUAUAGUUAAAAAUCCU